AUGGCCGGCUUUGUCGGAUCCAGUUGGGACGCUUUGGACUCCCUGCAGCUGGAGAUUGACCAGAGCUACGAGCGAGUGACGGCGAAACUAGACAGUUUGCGCACAGCUGGCAGCAUCUUUGAGGUGGAUGCGCGUAAGUCAGGAGCUUCGCCAAUCCCAGAUGCGAUCCACGCCGUGGAGACCAACAACAGCACCAAUCUAGGUGGCGUCUCUCAGCAGCCGAGCGACUUCGCCCUCGGAACAACAGUUCCGGGGGUCGACAGCUUCUCUCCAUCCGUGCCCUCGGUGUUACUGGCCUAUGACAGCUCGACGGGGGUUGGCGACUCCGGUGUUGAGAGCAAUCGGCUUUACUCGAAGUGGCGAACCAUGAGCGGCCGUCCAGAGGAGGACUCCGCUAGCGCCUUUCGCUUGCAUGGGCGCUGGAUGCAGCUGUCGACUCACUGCUCGGGCUUCACUAUCGGACAUGAGACUGUGAGGAGGCUCAAUACCAAGCGCUCCUUCAACAUCUCUGACCAAGGAUUUGAGGAACCCUUCUGCCGACGACCCUUGCAUCCCGAGGGAAACUUCCGAAUCUGCUGGGACUUCUUCAGCCUCUUCCUGCUCCUGACUGAUGCCAUCCUUCUGCCGGUCUCGCUGGCCUGGGAUUGGAAGAUGUCCUUCGACGAUGCUGGGAGUGCAUACCUGGCAUUAUCCAUUUGGUGCAGCCUCGUGUUUUGGACCGCAGACAUCUUCGUCAACUUAAAUACGGCAAUCUACAUCAAGGGCAAGCUCACUCUGUCACGCGCGGCGAUCUUUUGGCGCUACUUGAAGACCUGGCUCAUCCUGGAUGUUACUUUGGUGUCUUUGGACUUCUUCAACAUGGGCUACAUCGGCCCGGACUUCGAAGGCGAUCUCACUGUCUUCCGAGCCGGCCGGGUGGUGCGCGUCUUCCGAGUCUUCCGGCUUCUGCGGUUGCUGAAGAUGACGAAACUGGACGAGAUCACACAAGAGAUUGCAGCUUCCACUGGGCGGCAGUGGAUCAUGCUAGUCAUGGCUGUGUUCAACUCUGCCGUUGUGACCAUGCUGGUGGCGCACAUUGUCACCUGCGUUUGGUUUUGGAUUGGCAAGACGGUCUGGGAUGAGGGGCAUGUCAGCUGGAUCCACCUGGCGGAGGCCGAGAAUCUCGGUGCAAGUGUUCAGUACAUUCAUGCCAUCCGCUAUGUGAUGAACCCUCCUGCGCCGCCUGCCAUCAUGGCAAAUAGUGGAAGAGAGAGGCUUUUCGACAUUCUGAACUUCGUGUUCACGUUGGUCGUGAUCGGCGGCACUGUCUCCAAGAUCUCAGGGACUUUGGCAGAGCUGCGAGCGAUGAACGAAUCACGCGCCCGACAGAAGCGAGAGAUCCGCGUGUAUCUCACCCACCAAGAUGCCUCGUUUGAGCUCGUUUCCCGCAUCAUGCGGUUCGUGGACUACAAGCUGGAAAAGAACACUCCGAUAUCUUUCGACAGCUCCUUGAUAUCCAUAACUCUUCAGACAGAGCUCUAUGUCAACCAGCGAGGAAAGUUCCUCGAGUCCGUGCCAGUCUUCGGCCUCACGAAACAGGCAUUUCCCGACUGUUUUGCAAGCAUCUGCGCGGCGCUAGUGAAGAACGUGUUCGAGAAGAAGGAGUGCGUUUUCACAGCGGGAGCUGUGGCAAACUCCAUGUACCUGACCGCCACCGGUACGUACAUCCACACCGACAGCAACGGCGCGGAGGAGACCUUCACUGGAGAGCACUGGUUCGAAGAGAUGAGCCUCUAUGCUGAAAGCAUGGUUCAUCAUUCCACCUUGACAUCGAAGACCUUCGGGGAAAUAUUCACCCUGGACGGGAAGGACCUGGUGGACUGCUUGCAGAAUUCCCCUGCCUCAGCGUCCAUGUUCUGUGGCUAUGCGAAAGCCUUCGUGGAGAUGAUGCAGAAGCCCACUGGGCUCACUGUCCACGGUCAGCAGCUGGUGACAGCAGAUUCCUGCUGCCGGCAUACGCGGCAGUACCAGGAGCUGUAUCCCGAUCCGAAGACACGGCUGGAUAACAUCUCCAUCGUGCACGAUGUCUUGGGGCCCGACAUCCAGACGAUAUCGGAAAGCACAUGCAGCUUCCGUUCUGGGGGGUUGGCCCACAUGCUCAAGGACCUGGACCGAGGCGGCUUGCAACCCGAAAACAUCAUCAUGAUGCUGCAGAACGCCAUUCCGGAACUUCAUCCAGACGUCGGGACGCACGCUCUCCUGGAGCAACUCUUCGAGCGGGACCGAGCUGUUUCCUCUUGUGUCAGCUUAUUGGCCUUGGUUUACAAUGACUACAACCUGUUCGUGAAGCCGCAGCUGUUGGCUCCGGUGGAGGUCACUACGCCUGACCAGUGGAAGCACCUCAGGGAGCUGGUAACCUGGGUGAAGCCCACGCCAGAGCAGCUGCAAGCAGUUCUCGUGCUGUUGGCGAUAAGGGGGCUCGGCAAGUCGACCGUUCUCAUGAACCAAAUCAGAUCAAGCCAUGGGCGCCCGGAGCAGGUAGUGUUGUACUUGAUCAAGAAUGCGAAGAAUGUGGUCCCGUCGACGCAAGGUCUGGGUGAGAAGGCUUUGGGCUUCAUCGAGAACACCCUUUUGCUCCACGAGGUUUUCAACCUUGCGCAGAUGCUUCAGGGUGAAAAUGUCCCAGCAAACGUUGCGCAGCUUCAGGAACGUACACGCGAGUUGGGCGAAGAGGUCUUUCAUUUCUACGUCCUCUUCCUCAUCGGCUUUAUGAGUGGCUUGGGCGGAGGGCAUGGCUCAAAGUUCUUGCACUCCCGUCACGCCCAGAAUUUCAUCGCCAGCAUGCAGAUGCUCAGACAUCUCAUGGAUAGCAGCCCAUCGAGCAUCUACUGGGGCUACAUCGCAUGUCGUGCGCGGGUCCUUCGUGCUCCCUUGGUGGCUUCCGAGGACCUCGCCCUAAUGCGCCUGGCCUGCCUGGGCCGCGAGCAGGAUCGCCGCGGCUACAUAAAGCUCCAAAAAGCCUGGGCUUUGCUUGGCAGCCGAGAGCGGGCGACCUUGGUGCAUCACUUGCUUGCCGACGGCAUCCAGCGUCGAGCGAUCAUCCUCGAGUUCCUGCCAGAUUGCGUGCAGAAGUCAAAAACUAACGCCGCGGUUGGGCUCACGAGGCUCUUCGAGGUCAUGGUGGAUUUGCUGGACAAUCUCUCGACGGUUCUCCAACAAUCAGUCGAGAAGGUGGUCCUUGUAGAUCUCUCCGACCUGAAAAACUUCAUCGAGGUAGUUCAAAACUCCUUUGUGUUCUCCACGUGCAUCUCCCGCUGCAAGCUGCGCCGUUCUGAGGAGAGGGUUUCAGGCCAGAUGGGUGAAGGAAAUGUCCGAAUGAACAAGAGCAGCUUGAGUUGGUUUUGGCUUAGGGCAUUGAGGGCUUAG